UCUGUGUCAAGAAUACGACAUCGACUUGAUGCAGAACGGUUAUGUACUUCCUGCCACUGGUUCCGUCGAGCCUAAACUGCUUCGCUCAGCGAGGCAGACAGCAUCGACAUGGGCUUGCCAUCGCCUGACUCAUGGAAACCACAUCCGGGUGCCCACUGGCCAUCAAACCAGCCCCCCUCCCCCGCACAGACAACGCAGGGCUCGGCGGCCUUGUUCGAUCUAUUCUUAGUACGUGUCGGAAACACGAUCCCGUGCGACAUUGUGGUGGAGCGAGAACCGCCCACCUUGCGCAUCCCUCUGGCCUGGAGACCAGUAUUUCCGAGUCCUAUCCGACAUGCCGAUUCUCGGCGGGAGGCAUCUCGCCGUUCUCGGGCGGCUUUCCACGUUUUUGAGGUGAGAGAAUCCGGAGUAGCGACGUCAUGCCCUGUCAUGCCUGAAAAAAUGCACUUCUCCCGGUACCUGUUCCCGGGUUUCGCGAUGCCAAGCAAGAGCAGACUUUCCUCGUCCUUUCGGCUGGCCCGCCCGGCUGCGUCCAGCUCGCUGUGGCUCUCUGCGCUGGCUGCCCAGACGUACUUGUCUUGAGACGUUGGAUGAAUCCUUUACCGAUCACGCAAAAAGUCUGCAGAACUUGGUCUCUCUUCGGAGCCCCCGCCGUGUUACCUAGCCCUCCUCGGCUGAUACUCCACUUUUCUCCGCGGAUGCUGAGAGAUAAAGUUUCACCCUCGAAACUGCAGGGAUGCCUCGGCGGUUGCUGUUCGGCAGACGCAGCGGACGCUGGUCUGGUGUGAUCGGGGGUCCUGGACCUGGCGACCGAGCGGACCGUGACUAUCCUACAGAGCGGGCCGCCUGAUUCACGGCCCAACUUCUACGUGAGCGACCCACAGUCCUUCCACUGCAGCACCUCGAUGUUCUCUCCAGCUACCUUCCUCCAGCUCGCCGCUCUCGUGUCCGUGGCCGCCGCUGCGCCCAGCAACGUGACGCGGACCACGACCGCGAAACGGGCGACCUGCACGGUGAACAGCGUGUCGAGCGCGUCGAACCUCAAGAGCUGCACCGACGUCAUCAUCGAGGGCUUCACCGUGCCCUCGGGCCAUACGCUCAACAUCGAGGCUGCUAGCGGCGCUUCCGUGACCUUGGCUGGAGAUCUCGUCUUUGCGAAGACCUCGUCUGCGGGUCCUUUGAUCACAUUCAACACGAACAACAUCAACUUCAACGGCGGAGACCACAACAUCAACGGAAACGGUGCGGCCUACUGGGACGGAAAAGGCACCAACGGCGGGUCGACGAAGCCCCACCCCUUUGUCAAGUUCGUGUUUUCUCAUAUCAUCUUGCACACGGCGCGUGCUCACAGCGGGCGCAGAUUCAAGGGCUCGGGAACCUUCUCGUUCGUGACCGUUCUCAACUCUCCGGCGCAGGCCAUCUCCGUCGGAACUUCCGGAGCGACCGUGAUCGAACGCGUGACGGUUGACAACUCCGCGGGCGCGUCGCUGGGACACAACACGGACGGGUUCGACGUGAGCGCGUCGGACGUGACGAUCGCGCAGUGCACGGUGAUCAACCAGGACGACUGCGUCGCGGUGAACAAGGGGAACAACAUCCUCGUCGAGGACACGACGUGCACCGGCAGCCACGGCAUCUCGAUCGGCUCCAUCGCGUCGGGCCACGCGGUCACGAACUUCAAGGCCGCGCGCAACACGAUCACCGGCGGGCUCUACGGGCUGCGCAUCAAGGUCGACGCGAACGCGAAGAACGCGCAGGUGUCGGGUGUCACAUACGAAGCGAACGUCGUCUCGGGCAUCUCCGACUACGGUGUCCUGAUCACGCAGAGCUACCCCGCCAACGACGGCACGCCCGGCACCGGCGGCCCGAUCUCGAACGUCGCGUUCAUCGGCGGCACGACGACCGUCGCGGUCGACAGCGGCGCGAUGUCCGUCGUGAUCGACUGCGGCGCGUGCUCCGGCAACUGGGACUUCUCCGGGCUCGACGUCACGUCCGCCGGCAAGGGCCACAAGAUCGCUGCGAACAAUGCCAAGAUCUCUGGUGGACACUACUAACCGUCCGCCGCAACAACUCUACAACGGAGCUCUGAGCGCUGUUUUAUCCGACACGCUCAGCCGGAAUUAAUACUUCAGAAUUGUACUUCUAUCGAACCCAAUACCACACCUGGCUCCCCUCCCGCAUGCUCUGAGGAAGUUGAUCACGGAGGGAAUACAGAAGACCAAGCCUUCAAGUUCUCGACCAUGCCCAAACGGGCUGAAACACUGAUUCGUAAUAAGCACUGGGAUCCCCGUGCACGCGCGCUCCAUCUGCGAUAAGCCCACCCAGGGCAAGACCACGCCGAUGUGGGUAGGCCGGCCAGUCUGCUGAGCUCUAGAGAAUCACCAGACGCCCUCGGCCGCCGACGGGACCUCGGCUCCGCGGAGCGCCAAGGCAGUCGGU